AUGGCGUCGCAGCCGAUCUCUAUUCACUACAAGCAGAUGGAGGAGUGGCUGGAGGAUCGCAAGUCUGUUUUUUCUCGAAAGCACAAGAGAGAGUAUAAUGCACUGUUGUCCGUAGCCCCUCGACUCGUUCAGAUGGCGCAGUAUGACAUCCCAGCACUCGAGAAGCAGGUCAAGAAGAACGAGAACGCUAUCGAGGAGUGUCACCGGGUCUGCGAGGAGGCGCAGCACACACAGCUCAAGCUGGGGGAGAGGCGGUGCGCCAUGCUGAGGGAGUACGGAAUCGAGCUCGCUGCCGCUGUCGGAGAGGUCGCGGUCGCCUCCGCGGUCGAUCUGCGCGUGAGGGAAGCUUGUGCGCAAGUGAAUGCCGCCUUUCAAGAGUACGCUCGCUCCCGUGUGAGGGUACUGAAGGAGUACUACAACACUCUUUUGGCGAGAACUGCGACUGGGUGGUAUGGCACGGACCCAUUUGCUUUCCACUUUCCUUGGCUCCAGCGUGCUUUUAGUGAGGCGGAGUACCAGCCCGCGGAUGCCUUGUCUGAGGACACCGACGCCGGUGGGGAAGCGGCCAGUGCGGCAGGCCCUCAAAUUGACUGGGGCGACGAUGACGACGCCGCGGCGGGGACGUUUGCAGGGUUGGGGAAGGACGCCGUGCAGAUCAACUGGGAUGCUACGGAAAUGGAAGCCCACCCAGUAGAGGACGACAGUUUACCAGAGGCAGAUGGGCGGCACUUCUCCAUUGAUCUUGCCUCUGCAAAGCAUCGCGUCAAUGUAAUGUCAGAGCUGGAGGCAGCAUUGUGCUUCUGUCGCGAACGCAGCACCGCGGAUCUGCUGGAGUGCGCCACGGCGACGGAGGCGGUGCGCGGCUUUCUCUCAAGCGCCAAAGAAGGUGAGCUCGCUCGUAUGAAGGAGAGCUACCGCGCGCGGGGCAACUUUGUUGAUCGAAUCACCCGUUUCGAGCAGCAGAUUAUGGUGGCCAAAAACCGCUCAACGGCGCACCAGGCGAAGAUGCACGACGCCGAAAACGACCUGGCAAAGCUGAAGGCGCAGCAGGAUGAGCUGCUGUCACGUCUGAAGAGCAUGCGGGAUGAGGCGAUCACCAAUCUGGAGCACAUGUUCCCGGAUCGCAAGGUCCUCAUCGUUGGCGACCUGAACAAGUACGUCGCGUGA